ACUACCGGCCUUACGUACUGUUGUAUACCUGCGAGAUUUUUACUCAGCAUCGUCAGUUGGAAGUCGAUUUGUUUCGCAUUCGGUAAACCAACAGGUUGAAUUUUGCACCUGUGCGCAAGGGGAUUUCCCACGGUGUGCGGUAAACUUGUGCUUGGAUUUUUACGUGGGCUGUGCGCUCUAUCUACCUAUAAGAUAUGAAAACGAUUGCGGUAGAAUCGUUGCAUAUCAAUGCCGGUGAUGAUAUUUCGUAUGACCCAUUCAAACAUCGAGAUGUCAAGAAACCAACUUCCACUAUUGGAACGUUGUUGCAUCUCAUCAAAGGCUCUCUUGGCACGGGAAUUCUGGCCAUGCCGUUAGCAUUCAAAAAUGGUGGCCUCGUGUUUGGUUUCAUCGGAACAGCUCUCGUUGCAGUCAUCUAUGCUCACUGUAUUCAUUUGCUGGUUGGAACGUCUCAGAAAAUCUGCCGCCGAAAGCGAUUCCCUUCACUCGAAUAUGCACAAACGGCCGAGCAAGUCUUCCUGAAUGGCCCUCCAAGACUGCGUCGCCUAGCCCCUGCCGCGAAGGCCUAUAUCGACUACAUGAUACUGCUGCUCAGCUUCUUCUCGGUCUCCGUCUAUUUAGUGUUUAUUUCCACCAACUUCAGAAACGUCUUAAAUCAUGAAACUGACUUGGAUUGGGAUAUCCGGAGCUACAUCCUGCUGACAGCGGUAGUAAUUGCGGUGAUCACCCAGAUACGUGAGCUGAAAUAUCUGGUUCCAUUUUCUUUACUCGCCAAUUUCUCGAUACUGGUAGUGUUUGCCAUAUGUUUGUUCUACAUUUUCAAACUACCACUAAGAUUCGAGGAGCAAAGACUAUGGCCGGACGUUACCCAACUUCCAUCUUUUUUCGGAACUGUUGUCUACGCUUUGGAAGGGAUGGCAAUCUGUUUGCCGGUGGAAAAUAAGAUGAAAAAUCCCCAAUACUUUCUCCGGCGACUCGGUGUCGUUAAUGGCGCCAUAUUUUUCAUAACAGUGCUGUACAAUAUCACUGGAUUCUUUGGGUAUGGCGUUUUCGGUGCGGACGUUCAAGGUUCGGUUACACUGAACCUUCCCCAGGAUGACCUCUUAGCAAAAUCCACUCAAAUACUGGCAGCCGGUGCCAUCUUAUUAACAACGGGUUUAUACUACUACGUUCCCAUGGAGAUUCUGUGGAGGAAGAUUGGACACAGGAUUCCGGAGAAGUGGCACAAUUGGACUCAAAUUGGAUGCCGCUUUGCUAUUGUACUGAUCAUGACGAUCCUGGCGCUGACGGUGCCCAAGUUGGAACCUUUCAUUGGUUUUGUGGGUUCAAUCGGGUCCGCAACGCUGGGUUUACUAAAUCCUAUACUUCUGGAUACCGUUUAUCGGUGGCCCAACCACUUCGGAUGGAUGAAUUGGCAUUUGGUCAAGAACUUGAUUCUCGGGGCAUUUGCGUUGCUGAUUUUAGCUGUUGGGACGUACUUCAGUAUGUUGGAUAUUAUAGCGAUCUACAAAUGA